AUGUGGAACAGCGCGCAUCUCUGCAAGAAAGAGCUGUCAAUAUCGCCGGUGGUAUUCACAAUACUGUCUGAUGCGGAAAGUGUAUAAAGUUAUUUCUCCAAAUAUGUGACUGUGUCGUUUAGAGAUAUGUUUUUACGGAAAGUCAGUAAAGCUGUGACUCUGUGGCGAAAAAUGUUUCAUUAAAUCUCAGACCCAAGUUUUGAAAAACGUCGAUAUUUAGAAACCAGGGAUUCUGUUCAAAGUCUAGCGAAAAAUUAGUCGCUUACUCGUUAUUGUUAAACCAAAUGUCUGCCUUUCUAGAUUAUUUACUUGAAUAACAGAUUUAAUAAUGAAGCUAUCUUCGCAACAUCGUGCACUGUAUUGUUACUUAAUUCUGAGUGUAUGGAUAUUCUUGUUGAUUGCUGGUAUGUACAAAUAUAUUGGAAAUGAAGAUGGAACUGCAGCUGUGAAAUCAACAGAGAAUGAAAUUUCUCGUGGCAGUUCUGUAAAAAUUCUGAAGCCUGAUAUAAAGACGAGAAGAAUUUUUCAUCUAUGCAAUCCACCAGAAGAAAUUUCUGUUGGAUCCGAAGGUCAAGUACCUAGCAACAAUCUGUCACUGGAAGCCAUAUUGAUAUUCUUGAGGCAUGGAGAUAGAGGUCCUCUCUCACAUGUUCGAAAUGUCUCAACUGUCAAUUGUGCAGUUGAUUUAUCAGGUGUUGAUCAUGACCGCACAGUACGGCAACUGCAGCAGCUUCUACACAACGCAAGUUCGCCCCAAUUAAUGGGGCCAUUUCAUGGGUUUCCUCUGUUGCCCCCAUUUGGAGGGGAGUGCCAGUUGGGACAACUGACAGCUGUGGGGGCUGCACAGAUGUUAAAAAGUGGCACAAUACUAAGGCAUACAUAUGGUGACCGCCUUGGUUUUGGAAAUGGUUCUUUAGCACCAGAGGAUAUACUUGUCUACAGCACCAAAUACAGGCGAACCGUGCAGAGUACUCUGGCUUUUCUUGCGGGGCUGUUGCCACCAGAGGAUCUGCAGAAAGCUGUGCUACACGAGUCACAGUCACUAGCAUUUUGCUUCAAUGACUGUGCGUGUGCAGCAGCUGAACAACUCCGGCGAGGUCAGACGGCAGCCGGAGUGGCACAUCUGCACUCCCACCCAGCUGUUGCAAGGCUUGUCAAACAGGCAGCAGCUGUAGCUCUGGAGCGGCCACCAGGCGGGGGUACAGGGCCCGAGAAGGAGCCCGACACAGACCCUCGUCUGCUCCAAGAUGCACUUCUGACUUACGUGUGUCAUGCAGCUCCUCUACCUUGCGCUGAUGAUUCUUGCUUGCGCAUGGAACAAGUUACAGGACUGGCCGCAUACCUAGCAUGGGAGUGCCGUCAGCAGUCACAUUCUCCUCCUAUCCGUCGCUCAUCCUUACUUCGCGCCUAUGGCUUGGUGCGUGCUGUUGUAGCACAGCUUGUGCGUGUUGUGUCAGAGAGGCGGCCACGUGUGGCAGUCUUCUCAGGACAUGAUCGAACACUUGAAUACUUAGCAGGGGCAUUAGGCCUAGAAUGGCCUCAACCACGCUAUGGUGCUCGCUUUGUUAUAGAGGUAUACCGUGGUCGUGAUCGUGAGUCUCAUCAGACUCUGCCUCGUGCCCGCGAUUUCUUCCUGCGGCUGGUCGGUGAUGGGCGAGAUCUCACACCACAUACAAGUUUCUGCCGCCAAAGGCAACUCUGUCCAAUUGAGAGCAUAAUCAGAUUUCUGCAUGAGGAUUACUUUGCACCAUUUAAUGCAUCCAAUUUUAAGGAUGCAUGUAUGGGAAAGGGUUGAUCUAGUCACACAAUUUCAGUGGAGUUGCCUCAUGACGUUCUCAUCUCAGAUUGAUAUCUGAGAAUAAUGUACAUGACAUUUCAACAAAAUCAGAUACUAUGAAUAGAUGUUGUUGAUGAUGAUGAUGGUUGUAGAAAAAUCUAAGAUGCAUCAUUUGUUAUUUUCCUCACUUAAGUAGAUAAACUCAAGAUAUAUUUGACAUGUAACUUUUCUCAUUUAUUCAGUAAUCAUUAUUUUGGUGUAUGUAAUUCAACUACAGUGAGGAUCCUUAAAUGAUCAUUGUAACUCACUUCACUGGUAUGGUAUACUUCAAUAUCAUAACCUAUCAGUUUUAAAUGAUUCAAGAGUAAUAAAAAUGGAGCGAAUGACACAUACACAGUGUGUAACAAACUUCCCAUUUGAAAUUUAAACAAGUUAUUUUAACCUUGCUAUGUACUCAGUUUGAAAUAUGUGUCAAGAAACUUUUAAGGUACUAUCACACUUUUGUGAUUAUAAUUACCAAAUAUAUUCUGCUGCGACUACAAACAUGGGAAGUUUCGUGUGCAACAUGGUAAAAGAAUGCCCAAAUUAAUUUGAUAAGAUCAGGAAGUUUUAAGUCCAUACUGUGACUUUGCUAAGCAAAUAGUGAUAUAACUGUGCUUACAUGUGUUUGAAAUACUUAGCAUUCUAUGGACUUGUGAUUUAACACAUAUCACUUCACAAAGAGGUGUUCCACUCACUAUCAUUUCCUUUCCUCAUUUGUCCAUCCAUUUGUAUAAAUGACUUAUUCUUAUUAGAAUUAUUUGUUCAGAGCAAGGUAACAGAAUUCAUAUAGUGACUAUGCUACAUUAAAUUUCAAUAGCACCUGACACAAUUUUCGUGUUUGAGAACUAUUACUAUUAAAAUGUUUCAGAUAAAGAUAUUGUUGAAUAUAAACUACUGUAUCAUUUGUGUAUACAUUGAUCUCCUAUCUGAACAGUUGUUCAGUCCAUUUUUUUAUUGUUGACCUACAUAUCAGAUUUGUUUUUUAUUGAGACUGUUGUAGACUCUUUUUAAUUGUUGUUGAUAUUUAAUGUUCUUGGAUAUCAGUUGGAAGCAAAUGAAAUGUAUUAACUAACAUGUUUGUGGCUGUGCUGUCCAUUCUUUUAAAUAUCAGUUAUUCACUGUAAAAAUAAAUCUCUACAUUAUGUUGUUUUUAAUGUGCUACUGCCACUUAUUAGUUUGUUACUUCAUAGUAUUAUAAGAAAACUGAGUGGCAGUACUGCAUGAAGUAUAGUACUUCUUAGAUAAAGACUAUUGUUUUUUGUCUUUCAUUCAU